AUGCAUUUAGUGACUGUAGCAACUCAAUUAGAUCAGUGGUCUCUUGACUUUGAGGGGAAUUGCAAACGAAUCCUCAAAUCAAUCGCUAUUGCUAAAUCUAGAGGAGCUACUUUACGAGUAGGACCAGAAUUAGAAAUUCCUGGAUAUGGAUGUCUUGAUCACUUCCUGGAAGGCGAUACGGUCCUCCAUUCUUGGGAGGUGUUGGCUACCAUCUUGCAGAGUGAGGAAGCUCAAGGGAUCAUAUGUGACAUCGGAAUGCCAAUUGAACACAAGAACAAUAACUAUAAUUGUCGAGUCAUAAUUCACAGUGGUAAGAUCGUAAUGAUUAGACCCAAGAUGUGGAUGGCAAAUGAUGGAAAUUAUCGUGAACUUCGACAUUUCACACCUUGGCAUAAACAUCGUCAAACAGAACAACAUUCAUUACCUAGAAUGAUAAGGAAUGUUACUGGACAACAAUAUGUCCCCUUUGGAGAUGCGGUUGUAUCAACUGAAGAUACAGUGAUUGGCGUUGAACUCUGUGAAGAGCUGUUCACUCCUGCUUCACCACACAUCCUCAUGGGUCUUGAUGGUGUCGAGAUCUUCACCAACUCUUCUGCCAGUCAUCAUGAAUUGAGAAAGCUGAAUCGUCGAAUCGAUCUAAUUAAAGAGGCUACCAUGAAGCUCGGUGGAAUCUACCUCUAUGCCAACCAACAAGGCUGUGAUGGUGAUCGAUUGUACUACGAUGGAGCUUGUCUUAUUGCUAUGAACGGACAAAUUCUUGCUAGGGGAUCUCAGUUCUCCCUUUCGGAUGUUGAGGUCGUCACUGCGACAGUCGACCUCGGUGCCGUCAGAGCUCAUAGGACAACAAGUAGUAGAAGGAUGCAAUCUGCUCAAGCAGAAGCUUAUCAACGAGUUUAUGUAGAUACCAGACUCGAUGGCGGACAAGGUAUCAGAGUGGGAGAUGAAGAGACUAAAGGUAGUAUGGAAGUCAAAUACCAUACUCCAGAGGAGGAGAUUGCAUUUGGUCCAGCAUGUUGGCUCUGGGAUUACCUUCGACGAUCCAGAACCCAAGGAUACUUCAUUCCCCUAUCCGGAGGUAUCGAUUCUUGUGCUACAACCGUCAUCGUCCAUUCAAUGUGUCGACUGGUAGCUGAUGCAACCAAGAAAGGUGACGAACAAGUCAUUGCGGAUGCUAGAAGAAUCGCUGGCGAACCUGAGGAUUCUGCUUAUCUACCUACUGAUCCAAAGGAGUUCGCAGGCAGAAUUUUCCACACCUGUUACAUGGGAACAGAGCAUUCAAGUCCCGAAACCAGGAAGAGGGCUAAAGAUCUUUCUGAAGCAGUUGGAGGAUACCAUGUUGAUCUUAACAUGGACACUGCUGUAUCGGCUGUCAAAGCCAUAUUCAGCUUGGUGACCGGAAAGAAACCCCAAUUUGCAGUUCAUGGUGGAUCGUCAGCUGAAAACUUGGCCUUACAAAACAUUCAGGCUCGGCUGCGAAUGGUUUUAGCAUACAUGUUUGCUCAACUUCUACCAUGGACCAGAGGCAAAGUUGGUAGUUUAUUGGUAUUGGGAAGUGCCAAUGUCGAUGAAAGUUUAAGAGGUUAUUAUACCAAAUACGACUGUUCAAGUGCCGAUGUCAAUCCUAUCGGUGGAAUCAGUAAGACAGAUUUGAAGAAAUUUAUAGCUUGGGCGGAAGUAGAAUUUGAUCUACCAAUCUUGAGAAGCUUCCUCGACGCCAUUCCUACUGCAGAGUUGAUACCGAUAGGAUCCGACAAUGUCGCUCAAUCAGAUGAAGUUGAGAUGGGAAUGACAUACGAUGAACUAUCAGUAUUCGGUAGAUUGAGAAAAGUCGAGAAAUGUGGUCCAUAUAGUAUGUUCGGCAAAUUGGUUCAAGAAUGGGGUAGUUUCCUGUCUCCCUCUGAGAUCGCUCAAAAAGUCAAACACUUCUUCUUUACUUACGCCAUCAAUCGUCACAAGAUGACUACUAUCACCCCUUCAGUUCAUAUGGAAUCUUACUCCCCUGAUGACAACCGGUUCGAUAUGAGACCUUUCCUCUUGCCUUCACGAUUUGACCAUCAGUUCAACAAGAUUGAUCAAUUAGCUGAGAAAUUACCUAAUCGCGCUACUCAACCGGGUAAUGAUAAAUCGAAGGUAGAUUAG